GAAGUCAAUGGUGGCUGAGUGUUAAAGCCUUUGGCUUAAGAACCUUGUCACAGCUGUGUGAUUAUUUUGUUUGGUUUUUGUUGUUGAUACAAAUAAGAUAGUACGAUCUCUCACGUGCUGGACCUGGAGCAGACUAUGACAGUGAUGUAUAGACACCCAGACAGAGACAUUAGUUGACACCAACACUACAAAGACUCGAGAGGAAAAAUAAACUUGCAAACAAUAGGGCUCGAAAUACCACGGUCAGUGAUACCGCCAGGACACACCGCGGAUCUUUAGAUUUAUGUAGGGAAAAUGUGGUACUAGCAGAGUCCGGGUGACAAGACAAUAAUUAGAGAAUAAAUUAGACAUAGCUUUUAUUAAGGACUAUAAAGUCAGAAACAGUUUGAGAUAAGGGGGAGACGACUCAAACACGGCUAGGUGCUGGACCAGACCGAUGUUGUAGAAGUCGAUGUCAUAUUGGGAUAUACGAAUUGUGUUGUGGUUGUUAGAUACAGGGACAGUAUCAGUGCUUUUCUUAAGGACACGCGGUAAGACGAAACUAUUAAUCUUUUCUUUAAUGCAUGUAGGAAGUUAUGAGUUGAUUCAUUGAUUAAGUACUCGGCUAUUUGUAAGUGUCUGUCAACUUAUAUCUAGGUGACGGUCAGAGACGGUAGAUUUAUACAAGUACAUAUAACAUCAAGACUAUACGGACUGUGACGUAGGCUCCAGGAUCCGUGCUAAGACAAGAGAAAGAGAGAGAAACUAUCCGGUGCUGCUUGCUAUUUGUACCCAGCAUCGAUUUAUACUGAAGUCCUUGAACAAGAAAAGCUCAGGCCAUGUAAUGUGUAUAAUUGUACCUUUUAGAGAUAGGUUUGAAGAGCUACUGGAAUUUGCUCCAUACAUGAAGACAUUUCUAGAAAAACAAGGUGUGGAUUAUAAACUGAUUGUGGUGAACCAGAUGGACAGAUAUAGAUUCAACAGAGCUUCCCUUAUAAAUGUUGGAUUUCUUGAAUCAAGAAACAAAUGUGACUAUAUUGCUAUGCAUGAUGUAGAUCUUCUUCCUGUCAGUGAAGAGCUAGUGUACUUGUUCCCAGAAGAAAGUCAACCUUACCAUUUGGCUGCGCCACAUUUGCAUCCACUUUAUCAUUACAGUAACUAUGCUGGGGGAAUAUUACUCAUAAGGAGCACAGAUUUUGAAAAGUUGAAUGGCCUUUCAAACAAAUAUUGGGGUUGGGGCAGAGAAGAUGAUGAAUUCUUUGUCCGAAUGAAAAAGGCAAAAUUCACACUCCAGCGCCCUGGCAAUCUGACAACUGGCUACCAGUCAUUUAAACAUAUACAUGAUAGAAAGAAACGUCCUAGAGAUUAUAAUAGAUUUUUUGAUCAGAAAGAAAAAACUCGUAGACUAGAUAGAGAGACUGGCGUUUCCACAGUCAAGUAUGAAGUUGACAGCACACAUGAUCUCGCUGUGGAUGGUGCACCUGUAACUGUGAUCAAUAUCUACCUUGAGUGCAAUGUUGAUUUUACACCAUGGUGCUUGCAGUAUGAAGAUCACGAAGCUUACCUUAAACAAUUGGAAGCUAAGAAUCUUUCAAAACCAAAAGUAUAGAAACACAUGAAUUGAAUCACUCUGACUGAAUUAAUUCUUAACAUAUUUUUUCUGUAGAGUUCCUUCCCUGUUUUUUUUUUAAGUGAUUGCAGUUCAUUGUAAAAAACAAAUUUAAUCAUUCUAAAAAAAAUCCCCUUCACAACCCUAUUAAAGCUUGAGAACCAUUGAUCUUUCAUUUUUUGUUACAUUUAAUGUUGGUCAAGAGCAUACUCUCACAUGUUGGAAUCAAUUGUAUUGUUUAUAAUACAUUCUUCAUCUAAAAUUAUAAUUUAUUUAUUUCAAAGUUAAAUCAAAGUGAUGUGGAUUAUUUGUUUUUCUAAUCUCUUACCAUGGAUUGCUUCAGAUGCAGUUCAGAAUCUCUUCACAAAUCUCAAGUCAUGUAUUUAAGAAAUGCAUUUCUUUUUAAGGGCCAACUAUCAUUUUAUAAAUGAUUAGUCAGAAGCCUUAAAGUUUUUGUUAAAUUUAGAUUUUGCUAGCAUUACAUUGUAUUAAAAUAUUUUUCAUGUGAAGACCACACUAGACAAAUACAAGAUGUCUUUUUUUUUUCUAAUUAUGAAAGACAGAAAUGUAAUGUUUUAUAAUAAUUGUGUUAUUUUAUUGCAAAAAUAGUUGUGACAUUUUUUUUUAUUGUUGUUUUUUUUUUUCUUUUUUUUAAAUAUUGUCAGAAAGUCUAGAAAUCAAAUAUAUAUAUAUAUUUUUUUUUUUUUGAAAAUUCAAAACUGUAAUUUUUUAUUUUUUUUCUGUGGUCCAUAUACAUUGUUACUGUUGAUUUACUCAAAGCUGGAGAAUGAAAUUUUUUUUAGACCUAAUGAAAUAUAUUUUAUUCUUGUGUAAUAUAUUUCAUUUUGCCUUCAAUUUACUCAUGAUGGUAUUACCAGUUAACUUUUUAAAAUAUAUAUUUUUGUUUUUCAACUUAGUUGUUGUUAUCUACAUGUGAAGAGAUUCUUAUGUUUAAAACAAGGAUGUUUAAAGAUGGUUAUGUUGUUAAGCAGCCUAAGCAAAUCAAAUUUUAUAAAUCACCCUGUCAGAAAUAUUAAUCUGUUAUUAGGUAUGAUUAACUGUAAACAUUAAGUACAUAAAAAUGUAUUUCUUCAGUUGAUCUAAAAACAAAGUAUUUACAAAAUUCCACCAACUCAGUUGCAUCUUUUAGUAAGCUUACAAACAGUAAUUCUUUUCAUAUUUUACAGUAGAAUUUCUUAUACAGGACAUUCAUGGGAUAUUUUUUAAGUCUUUACAUGAAGCUGGCCUAAUGUUACAGCUAAUGCUUAACUUUACAGUGUGUUUGAACAUUUUGAUUUGCUUUUUUUUUUAACUAGUGUAAGAUAAACAGCAUGUUCUUUUUUAUUAAUUAUCCUUUGGAUCAAGAUUUGAUUAAGUGCAUGUUUUUUCUCUUAAGGCUGUAGCCACUUGUAUAUAAUUUAGCUUUUCAUCACUUGUACACUGUCAUUAGUUCAGAAAAGCGUCCUUCAAGAGCUUAAAAUCCAGAGGACAUCAAUUUGUUUCUGUUAUUUACAGUAAUACAUGACUGUGUCAUCAAUCAGCUACUUUUAUUUGUAUAUUACAAAUGUUUAGAUGUUACAUUGAUUCUACUGUUAUUUUUUUCCAUGAUACAUGCCUAAAAUAAUAUUUUUGGUAUAUUUCAUAUUGGGCUUUAAAUUCUAAUUUGAUGAAAUCACUGAAUUGUCAAUGAAAAGUCAUUAUUAUGAACAUUGCACUAUAAGCAGCAUAGAUUGUUUUAGUGAUAAAUAACACAUUCUCAGUGUAUCCAUGCUAUUUCGAAUAUUUUGUUUUCUAUAAAAUUGCAUUGACUAUUUAAAAAUAAUUCAUUUUGUUUUACUAAUACAAAGAUAAGUUAUAUUUUUUUAAAUAACUUAUAUCCAACUUAGUCAUUAUGGUGCCUGUCAUACAUCUGAGCAAUCAAAUUAUUAUUGUUAAACAUCAUGAUGUAAACUUCAUGUCAAAGUGGCCUCUUUAAUAUUGAUAUUUGUGUAGACAGGAGACAGCUGCACAUAGGUCAGUCUUCAAACUCAAUUACUGUCCAUUUUUAAUUAUUUUAUUCAUUUGAGCAAGGCUUUUUUUUUAUUGAGCAGUAAAUAUUUUCCUCUUGGCUGUCAUGGGUUAUCAUGAGAUGAUAUAGUUUACUGCUGUGACAUGUCCCUUGCAAUCAAAAGGAGGUUAUUUUAGGGUGCACACACACUCAUAAAUUAUAUAUUUAAAAAGGCUGAUACAAAAUUUCAGAAUUUUACUCCACAAGUAUGAGGUAACUAGUUGUCUCAGGACUAGGUUUUUGCAUUUUAUUUGUCCUCAGAAUAAGUGUUUAUUAAAAAUAAAUAAGUUGGUAUUAUGUUUGCUAUUUUUGUUGUUCAGCUCUGAAGUAAGUAUUCAUUAUCUUUUAUUUUGAUCAGACUAUCUAUCUAAUGUUGUGCUCUUAUUUCACAUGAUAAUAGGCUACUAAGAAGCUCCUGAUUGAAGAUAAGAACAUUCUUAUUUCCUUAAUGCAGAAACAUCACCUUAGGGGUUUUUUUUUUUUUGUUUUUUUUAGUGGGUUAGUUUUGAUUCAAAAUAAACCAGAUUAGCAACAUAGAAGGCUAUGAGUGACUUGGUUCUGAUUCAACAUAGAAGGCUAUUAGUUGGGUUGGUUCUGAUUCAACAUGGUUUUCAUCAGCUCCGUCUUUUUGCUGUUAUCUACCACUACUUUUUUUAUUUGCUUCAUAUUCUGAGUCAAAGCUUCAUUCCAAGCAGAUUAAUCUUGAGCUUGUUAUGAUACAAUUUGUUCUGGGCUAUUUUAUUGUGAUUAGGAUGGUCAUUAGGGCACAAUUAACAAUUGAACAAUUUCACAUGUCUUUGUCCUCAGCUGUUCUCACUUCUUUUUAUUGUACUUUCUUCUUUGUUGUCAUCAAGUACUGUGCAGUGUAGGGGGUGGUCUUAUAUCACCUGAUUGUAUUAUCUAAGCCAUAUGUUGUUUAUAAUGCUUAUCUACUCAUCCCAAAGGGGAAUUACAUUUGUAACUUUUACAAAACUUUACAUUUGUUUUAUGUUUUCAUGUGAAAUAUUGCAAAAUUGAUUAAGGUUUAAUCUUUUCUUUUCAAAUUCUGUUAAUGUGGGUACAUAAUAAUAAAGUAAAAAUUCUAACUGUAUUAUCUAUAAUGUUUUAGCAACAUGAUUCUAAGUGUUAAUGCAUGUUAGGAGGGUUAGGGUUAGGGUUAGGCUUUGGUGAUUUAUUCUGACUGUUAAAAUGAUGUUAUAUUUAUGAUAGCUUUAAUGUUUUGGAAGAUUAAAUAUGACUUUCUCCAAUGAAACUAGAACACAGAAUGUAUUCUUACAGCCACAUCUUAAAUAUGUUUUCUUUUAACUUAUAUAUUGAUUAGAACUGAGCACAAACUCAAAGUUUAUUUAUUUAUUGAAAACUAUUCUGCUGAAUAUUUAUUUGGUUUCAAUAAAAAAAUUUAGCAAAUUAGGAUGUUUUAUCAUUACUGUUAUUUUUUUUUAAAGUAAUAAUCAGUACUAUAAAAAUAUAAUUAGUAAAGUAAAAAAAAGUAAGUUCACCUUUCAGACCAUGCGGUAUAUUGGCCAGAUGUGGUAUGAAGGGAGAGUAACCCUUGAGGGAUUACGGGCCUAAAGUGUGCCGAUGUGCCAAAAACUCAAACUCAAUGUGUAUAAAUCAUUUAAUGCCUAUUAGAGAAAUUAAAGAAAUAUUAAAAAACACAUGAACAUCUAUAUCUUAAAUGUUUGCAAGCAUUUAUUUGUUGCUUUUCAUCGUUCACUUUCAGGCUACAGUUACUUUUUAAAAAGAUACAUACAAUGUCAAGGACAGUGUUGUUAAUACAAUUUAUUUUUAGAAAUAAU